GAGGGAGGGAGCAGGAACAGGCACGGCCGGCGGCUGCGGAGGGGGUGCCGACGAAGAUGGUGGAGCUGGAGGUAGGAGCGGCCGGAGCCAAGAAAGGUUCAUCCCCUCGGUUGUCAGUUGCCCCGUCCCGAUCGCCGCGCCGCCUCUGCUGAGGCAGGCCCCGCAGACCUAAGCCGUCGGGCAGAAUCAGCAAAGUACUAUGGAUUGACAAUUAGUCUGAAGAAGACCCAAAGUUAUGGACCAGCCUGCAUCCGGUAAACUCUACAUAUACCUAAGGAUAUCCACCGGUGACCCAGAGUUGAACGCUGUCACUGGGUAGCACGUUGUCCAGUGGUGCAAAGAUAGACAAGAGGGUAGAAAAACAAAUCGAGCGAGUUAGAGUAUCCUUUGGAAGACUGAAAGACUGAGUGUGGCACCGACAUGGCAUCAAGAUUCAGACCAAAUGAAAGUCUAUAGGGCAGUCAUAGUGUCCAACCUUCUUGAAGUCCAUGAAACUGGACUUACCACAGAUUCCACCUGCAAUACUUAGCAUCAAAGGGCAAGGCAGGAUCACGAGCAAUGAAGUUCUGGAGUACCACUGGACUGCCAGCGUUCAAGCAGUGUCCCUCGAGGUCAGAGACCCUGGUAUUGCCGUCGUCUUCUGUCGGAUCCUCCCAAACACCUGGUCCAGUGCUCUUCACACAGUAGAAGCUCAAUAGAUGCCGAUGACGAUUAUAUCACACCUUGGCUGAGUGGGACCUGUGAGGAGAACAGACAACACUAGGAUACCCAAACUGUUGCUCUAUGGCGAACUAAAGAGGGGAAACUGUAAAGAGGGUGGACAGAAGAAACGCAAUGAAGCAAAACCUCAAUAUGGCGUUGCAAUGGACAAUUGGGAGACGACAGCCGAAGACCGAUCAGCCUGGCCGAACACCAGUCAGAAAUGGGGUGACCGUUUCGGAGCAGAGGCUUCGGCGAGAUCGUGGCUCCAAGAGGGAGAAAUGAAAACAGCACCAGGCACAAUGCCGUAAAAGCUUGGACUUAAUAAAUCGAAAUCAUCAAUUCAAACCUAAGAAAAUGAAGCUCAUCUGGCUUGAAUGAUCAUUUUGGCAAAGUAAUUUUCCGAACUAAAAAGUGAAUAUUUUCUGUCUUUUGGGAUGGUGACACCCUUGGUUCCUGAAUGAAUUAGUUCAUUUAGUGGCUCAUCUUUAAUGUAAAUUUACCAUUAUCAUGCUAAACAAUUAAACAGCUGUGAUAUACAAGAAGACAAGUGUGCAGCGAAUUCAGAGUCCCAGAAAGGAAAAUGAGAGCAGAGUAAGCCGAACGAGUCCCUUCCCCCGGCCCUCCUGCUCCCCACCAUGAACCACUUGGAAGGCCCCCCCGAGGUGGAGGCGAACGACGAGCCCGGGAGCGGCGAGGUGAACGAAUCCGUGGAGGCUGACCUCGAGCACUCAGAAGUGGAGGAGGAGGAGCAGCAGCAGCGGCGGCAGCAGCAAUACGCAGCCUCCUUCCACCGGGACCAGGCCGGGGGAGACCAGGAGGGCCAGCCUGGGCAGCAGCUCCAGGAGGAGGAGGAGCGAGGUGGGACCCUGGCCCGGUCAGCCAGCACCGAGAGCGGCUUCCACAACCACACGGAUACGGCAGAGGGAGAUGUGAUCGCCACGGCGGAGGACGGCUACGACCCGGACCGUGUCCAAGAGAACGAGGACGAGAGCGCCUACGGAGUGCAGUACCGGCCCGAAGCGGAGGAGUACACGGAGAAUGCCGAGGCUGAGCACGCGGAGGCCACUCACCACCGGACACUGCCCAACCGCUUGCAGUUUCACGCCCUCGAGUCCGAGGAGGCAAUGAACGCCGCCUACUCGGGCUAUGUCUACACCCACCGGCUCUUCCACCGGGGGGAGGACGAGCCCUACGCCGAGCCCUACGCCGACUACGGCGGCCUGCAGGAGCACGUGUACGAGGAGAUCGGGGACACUCCGGACUUGGACGUGCGGGACGGCCUGCGGCUGUACGAACAGGAGCGGGAGGAGGCCGACAACUACCGCAAGGAGGCUCUGGGGGCCCGGCUCCAUCACUACGACGAGCGCUCUGACGGGGAGUCGGACAGCCCCGAGAAGGAGGCCGAAUUCGCCCCUUACCCCCGGAUGGACAGCUACGAGCAGGAGGAGGACAUUGACCAGAUCGUAGCCGAAGUCAAGCAGAGCAUGAGCUCUCAGAGCCUGGACAAGGCGGCCGAGGACAUGCCGGAGGCGGAGCAGAACUUGGAGCGGGCCCCCACUCCAAGUGGCGGGGAGCCCGACAGCCCGGGCCAGCCCCCGAGCGGACCCCGCCCUGCCGUCAACGCCAAUGAGGCGGUGCAGCGGUACAGCAAGGAGAAGAGGGAUGCCAUCUCGUUGGCCAUCAAGGACAUUAAGGAGGCCAUCGAGGAGGUGAAGACGAGAACCAUCCGCUCGCCUUACACCCCGGAUGAGCCCAAAGAACCCAUCUGGGUCAUGCGGCAGGACAUCAGUCCAACCCGGGACUGUGAUGACCAGAGGCCAGUAGAUGGAGAUUCUCCAUCUCCUGAUUCUUCUUCACCCCGAGGUGCCGAAUCGUCAAGUAGGCAACAUCAUCAGGAUGACACGGCAGAACCUUCCACUAAUAAAGAGUCAAGAAAAAGCUUGGCUUCAUUCCCAACCUACGUAGAAGUUCCUGGGCCCUGUGAUCCUGAGGAUUUAAUUGAUGGAAUCAUUUUUGCGGCCAACUACCUGGGCUCUACCCAGCUGCUCUCUGACAAAACUCCCUCCAAGAAUGUGCGAAUGAUGCAGGCCCAGGAAGCAGUGAGCAGAAUUAAGAUGGCCCAGAAAUUGGCCAAAAGCAGGAAGAAGGCUCCUGAAGGCGAAUCUCAACCCAUGACCGAGGUGGAUCUCUUCAUUUCUACCCAGAGGAUCAAAGUAUUGAAUGCGGACACGCAGGAAACGAUGAUGGACCAUCCCCUGCGGACCAUUUCCUACAUUGCUGAUAUUGGGAAUAUCGUCGUGCUGAUGGCCCGUAGACGCAUGCCCCGUUCCAAUUCCCAGGACAACGUGGAGGCCUCUCACCCGUCUCAGGAUGGGAAGCGGCAGUAUAAAAUGAUCUGCCACGUCUUUGAGUCAGAGGAUGCCCAGCUGAUUGCCCAGUCCAUUGGCCAGGCAUUUAGUGUGGCCUACCAGGAGUUCCUCAGAGCAAAUGGAAUCAACCCUGAAGACCUCAGCCAGAAGGAGUACAGCGAUCUGCUCAAUACCCAGGACAUGUACAAUGAUGAUCUGAUCCACUUCUCCAAGUCGGAAAACUGCAAAGACGUUUUCAUUGAGAAGCAAAAGGGUGAAAUCCUAGGUGUGGUGAUUGUGGAGUCUGGCUGGGGAUCUAUUUUGCCGACAGUUAUCAUCGCCAACAUGAUGCACGGAGGACCAGCGGAGAAAUCAGGAAAGCUAAAUAUCGGAGACCAGAUCAUGUCCAUUAAUGGCACCAGCUUGGUGGGCCUGCCACUCUCCACCUGUCAGAGCAUUAUCAAGGGUUUGAAGAAUCAGGCCCGGGUGAAGCUGAAUAUUGUGAGAUGCCCUCCUGUAACUACUGUCCUAAUCAGAAGACCGGACCUGAGAUACCAGCUGGGCUUCAGUGUACAGAAUGGAAUUAUCUGCAGCCUCAUGAGAGGUGGGAUAGCCGAGCGGGGAGGUGUGCGAGUGGGCCAUCGGAUCAUUGAGAUCAAUGGACAGAGCGUGGUUGCCACACCCCAUGAGAAGAUCGUCCACAUUCUCUCCAAUGCAGUUGGGGAGAUCCACAUGAAGACCAUGCCGGCUGCGAUGUACAGACUGUUGACUGCCCAAGAGCAGCCAGUUUACAUCUAAGACCUUCACGAUGUGCAUGGAGGAGAUCUCUCCUCACCAGUGGUUGUGUUUCUAGUGCUGCAAUUUUGUGUCUGCAGAGACCAUGUCUUUUCUCACUCUUACUCACUCUCUCUCUCUCCAUUCUGUUGUGUUUAGGAAGAGCAUUUUCCAUGAGUACUGUACCUUCUCUUUUUCUCUAUUUUGUAUCUUGUUUAAAACAAAAGACAAAUGUAGCUCUGUGUGCAAUCCCUCACAGAAUAGAAAACAACUUGACCCAAAGAUUCCAGGUGAGAUUCCGAACACAGCAAUCCUUCCAGAUGGUGCAUAGGGUCAGCUGCUAUUCGGGAGCACCAAUCUACUGAGUAUCGUGGUGAGAAGAAACUCUCUUUCCCAAACAACUUAAACCUCGUGACAGGAUUGAGUCAUGGGUGAGACAUGGGUGAGUGUGGGAGCCAGCCCAGCAGGGGCUAACAUCUGGUUGGUUUUUCUUCAGUGCUCAUUUUCAGGAGUAUGAUGGUGAAGGCUGAUCAGCAGAUGUGUUGGAGAAGCUGAGGUGUUUACAAUGACUCCCAGGCUUACUUUUCCAUUUUUCCCCAAGGUUUUGGAGCCAAUCUCCAGAGUUUCCUGUGCAGCAGCUUGUUUUGUCUUUUUAAAUCUGGAUGUGAACAAAGGCCUCCUAGCUUCCCGAGUAAAGGAGACUGAAAAGAGAAGGCAAAGAGGUGAAAUUCAACAUGGGCAUACUUCAGCCUUGCUGCUACUUACCAAACAUCUUCUGGUCCACAAAGCUCACACCCACCCCUUCAACUCACAGCUCAGCUGCAAGGCCCCAUCCUUCUUUCCCCACCUCUGUCCUCCACGUGGCUCGGGAUACCAGUGGGACCAAUCCUGAGUGGCAGAACGAAGCCUGGGCCACUGCUGAAGGUGCCGCCUACCCAGUGACGUGCAGUCCUCCUUGUGGGUUGGAUACUAACGACACUCCUUCAGGGAGUUGGGGUGGGGACAAGGCUACAGCAACACCACAGUGAUCCCAACUGGAGCCACAGCCCCGAGGAGUGGGGGGCUGGGCAGUGGGAUUCAGUGGGAUUGCAGAAAUAGUGAGCAGGAGCAAAAUGGGGAGCCAGGGAGAUAGACCACAACCCCAGAUUUAUUCCUGGUUUCUUGAGAGAGGAGUCCUUGAAUUUCCUCUCACAUAGGCCUUAGAUUUUCUCAGCCCAAGACUUGAUUUUCAUUUGUCCUUGCCAAAUGUCUAUUCUGUGCUCCGGACCAGAUGUUACAUCCUAAUUUGCAGGUCUAGUAUAUUCAGAUUGUGGCAGGCCUAUUGCUCUAGAUGAAAAUCGUAUACCUCCUAUCAAUAAAAUGCCCCACUGCUCUAUGGAAGUGGGAGAGCAUUUAGCUGGUGUUUCACCACAUCCGCUUCGAUCAGGCACCUCAUAUCUGUGGACUUUUUUAUUUCAAUUCAGAGGAGAUGGCUCAGUAUCAUCGUUACACUGAGCCAGUUUUCAUGUACCAUUGAUCCAAAGGAUCUUUCAUUCUUUAUUUUUGUUCGUGGCCUCAGUAGUAAUAGGUGAAGAGAAACUAGUGUAGUGGUGGAUCUUAAUAUGAUCUGUUCUGUGCAUGUGGGAAAUGUAUUCAUGUGUUAGCUGAGGUAGGAGUUCAGAUAUAUGGAAACAGUGUCUUGAGAUCAAAGGUGUUUGGUGGAAAUUUAUUUGGGGAAUCGUGGGGUGAGGUGGAAAUAGGUCAUUGAAAACAGUUUAAGUAGGAGGACAAAAACGAGCCCCCCUCCUCUUCCUUCAGAUGGGGUGGUUACCCAAGACCUGUAAGGAACUUGAAUUAGUGCUCUGUUCUAAGGGAGUUUCCUGCUGAAAUCAGAGCAUUCCAAUGCCUUGAAGUUAACAGAAGUUGAGCCCUCAGCCUUUCCCUAGGAUAGAACCUACACCUAAUGAAAACAUCCGUCAAUUCAAUGGUAUUUACUGAGUGCUUACUGUGUACUGAGCACUGUACUAGGUGCUUGGGAAAGUAUAGUUCAGCAGAGUUGGUAGAUGCGAUCUCUGUCCACAAGGAGCUUACAAGCUAAGGAGGAAUUUGCAGUCUACAGAAUAGGAGUAAUAGUCCAUUGAACAUUGGCUAAAUCAAAAUUCAGUUUGCUUUAGUGAAAAUGUGAUGAUGAGAGAAGGGAAAAGAUUUAUCUGCAAGCACCGUUGGAGUCAAUUUAAAGUGUAAAUGAUUAAGGCAGCACUCACAGUGCUCCCACCAGAAGGGCAAGAUGCCACCCUGCAAAGGUGAUCCACCCCAUCUCUGAAUCUUGUGCAACACAGUAAAUGCUUGAUAAAUACCAUUGAUCGAAAGGCAGAGUGGCGAUUUCAAUUACGUUGCUUGUAGGGACAGAAAAGGGAGAGGAUAUUUAUUCCUCCUGGCCAUGAUUUGGGUCUCAUUGAAACUGAAAUGGCCAAUUUAGUAAGCUGGCAUAGUUUGCAGGUGGAUUUCAGUGUCAAAGUGAUUCAUAAUGUUCUAAGCCCUCCACUGGUAUGCACUGCAGGAAAUUGGUGUUUCCCCAGCUAACCGUUUACUGCAAUCAUUGGACUGAACAAGUUAGACCGUAUACGGUUUGUGAGUAGAGAUUUCCACUGUAACGGGUUUGCCAUGUUCAUUUGAAAAAUGGCUUUUCCUGACUUUCCCAUCUGUACUGUAGUAGAUGUCGAUAUGGCAAAUAACAUGUACACUCAAAAUGAUGUGCAGAACAGUCUUCCCAAAAGUUGCCUGGGUUCAGGAAAUGCUCACAACUGAUGGUGGUGAACAACUCCCAGGUUUACCUGCCUCCUGUACCCUGAUGUGGACUCAGCAAGAGCCCAGCCCCAAUCCCUGAAAGUGGGCUGUGCGACCUUGGGUCAGGGCAUAAGAUGGGAUGGACUCAAAACCAUUCAAGUUCUUCCUUCCUCUCUGUUCCCCAUCCUCACCCCAGGGCUCUGGUAAAUUCUCAAGGAAAUACUCUUACAGGUGGGAUCUGGUCUUGGGCCACUUUUGUGGGAUGAUUCUUCCCUUCCCCCUCACUCCCUUUGCCUCUAAAAACAAGAGGAGGCAGCAGUUUAAAAUUUUUCCUCAUGCAUAGGCCCACCACAGUUUCCAUAAUAGUCUCCUCUCCCCUCAGAUUUCCCUUUCUCUGGGCAGUGAGGUCUGCGAGCUUGCUUCCUGUCACAUAAGUGUUCUCAGUGUUUACAUUAAGGGAUAGAUCCUGUCCCAUUCUUGACUGCAUUCACAGGUUUGAACUUUCGUUUGUUUGAAUCUCAUGAUCAUUCAAUACUUGGUUUGGGUUUACUUACGUGCAGGACUUGGGUUUUUGUUUUUUGGUUUUUUUUCCCCUAAUCAAGUUAGUGUCUGAAGACGCUGAUGUGGGUGUGAGAUCUCUUGUACAUAUUUAGCACAGUACCUAGAUUAUGGCGUUGUAUUAUUGUUCUGUAAAGAGGGUGAAAUAGAAAUUCUUGUAAAGCGUUGGGAAAAGUAUAGUAUUGUAUUUGUAACAAUAUCGUUCUUUGUAUACACUAAACUCAAUGAUCACUAUAUAUAAAUAUAAAUAAAUAUAUAAAUAAAUAUAUAUAUAUAAAGAUGUAUGUGAGCCUGGAAUGUGGAUACUGCACAUCUACUGAAUGUAAUUCCUCUGACAUUUUUGGUCACAGGCCUCUGACCCUCCUUCUGUAACGCUGCUACAGUCGUUUGAUUUUUCGGUUGUGACGUAUUUACUGUGCUACCUUCUUUUAUUUAACUGAGCGCUGGUGUCUGUAAGAUUUGCAACAACAAUAAAAAAAAUACACCUUGGA